AUGCCUCCCUAUUUCUUGUUGAAUGACAGCAAUGCUGUUAAACGGGUAAUUUUAGAACAAGCCGAGCAGAUCAAGUGCCUAAAACGUCAACUGGAAGAGUACAAACGAGCUGCUUCGGCCGAAACCACUUCAGUCAGUCCUUCUUUAGUUUAUAACGCGCCUGCAACUCCAACACCUUCAACAUCAAUCGUCUCGAUUACAAGCGGCUCUCUUGUCAAGGUUGAAUUUCCAUCAGCCUCAUCAUAUACACCUGAGAGCGUAGUACUCCCGCUCCAAAAAACAGUUCUCCCACCUCCUAAAAAGGCUUUCAAGUUGAGUCAACUCCCAUCAAAGCAAACAUUCAAGAAAAGAAUCAAGGCAGCCAUUGAAUUAGAUGGAUAUAGUCAAGAAGUCCAUUUCCAGCAUUUAAUCUAUCAAGACUCCACCUUGCCAUCACACACCAGAAACGCUCGCUGGAACUUUGCAUUCCGAUUCUGUUCCUUCUUUGUGUUCUCUGGUAGAAAGAUCUUUGUAAACACAUUGAUUCAUGGAAACAAACAAGGCAACAAGAGAACAUCCAUUGAUUCAUUUCCUGGUCUACAUGCAUUCUUGAAAUUGAAAAGAAUUAAUCACACACUCUUGGAGAAGCCGCUUUCUGACGAGACGGUAGCUCAUUUUACCAAGUCAAAGCAUCAAUUGGAGAUUGUAAAGUUCUUGUACGCCUUUUGCUCGCUUCUCUAUGUCUUCUUGCCUCAGGAAAAAAGAGUCUUUAAGGUAAAAAGUAAUAUCAAUGAAUUUCACCUUUCAGCCAAUGUCGAAACAUCUGACCCACAAGUCAAGGAGGAGAAGGAGGACAAAGAAAUCAAAGAGGAGGCGAAUUCUAAUUCAGAGUUUAUGAGAAGUGGUUCAAAGGCUGAAGAUAAUGAUUGA